GAGAGUCGAGUUGCCAUGGAAGAAAGCAAAAAUCACAUUUUUGUAAAUCCCUUUGACAACAAUAUACUCCAAACUUUUUUUUUAUCUCUUUCAUCUUUAUUUCUUCGAACUUCAAACCCUUAAAUCUCUCCAUAUCUUGUUCAUAAUCUUUCUUUGUUUGUUCUUUUAGAUUCCACGUGUAUGUGAUAAUCACAGAUUUGCAUCUCACUGAUUCAUACAAUUGGUACAAAGGUUCGGGUCUACGAUUCUUCUUUCCUUUUUCAACACUCCCCCAUUUCAUUUCAUCCAUCUCUCCAUGUGAUUUCCAAAUCAUCAUCAAAUUGGCAGAAAAACCACAUGCUUCUUCCUCCUAUUGUUUCGAUCGCCAUUUCCCUACCUAUAACUUCCCACAAACCCUAUCUCCACUAAACUUAUCUAUACUUCAUCAUUAACUUCACCAGAAUUUCUCUUUAAUCAGCUGACCCAGAUUAGUAGAUUUAUAGAUUACGCACACACCCACCUUGUAUUCUAAGCUUAUAUUGGGGGAUCGAAUUCGCAAUUGGAGUUUAAAAUCGAAUUCAACACUUCUCUUUGAUCGGAUUGGUGCUAUUUAUUACUGGGUGUAAAUUAGAAACGACAAUAGGACAGGUGCGAGAUCGAUCUAGGUAUUACAGAGUCAACAUUUUUGGGUUGAAGAAAUUGAACAUACAGGGGUCAAGAUUUUGGAUCCGGUCGGAAGCGUAACAGCGCCAUUAGAUGGCGCUGUUCAAACGCUUCUUUUAUCGCAAGCCGCCGGAUCGCCUCCUUGAGAUCUCCGAGCGGGUUUACGUUUUUGAUUGCUGCUUCUCGAGUGAAGUACUGGAAGAAGAUGAAUACAAGAUGUACAUGGGUGGCAUUGUUGCAGAACUCCAAGACUACUAUCCCGAUUCAUCUUUCAUGGUUUUCAACUUUAGAGAAGGCGACAAAAGGACCCAAAUUUCAGACAUAUUAUCUCAAUACGACAUGACAGUAAUGGAGUACCCUAGACAAUAUGAAGGGUGCCCAAUGUUACCAUUAGAAAUGAUCCAUCACUUUCUUCGAUCCAGUGAAAGCUGGUUAUCAUUAGCAGGACAACAAAACGUGCUCUUAAUGCACUGUGAAAGAGGAGGGUGGCCUGUUCUUGCUUUUAUGCUUGCAGCUCUUCUUCUAUUCCGUAAACAAUACAAUGGUGAACAGAAGACUCUUGAUAUGGUAUACAAACAAGCCCCUAAAGAGCUUCUUCAUCUUCUAACACCUUUAAAUCCUCAGCCUUCACAGCUGAGGUAUCUUCAGUAUAUAUCAAGGAGAAAUUUGGGUUCUGAUUGGCCACCUUCAGACACACCAUUAGCUUUGGAUUGUAUCAUACUUCGUGUCCUUCCGAUUUUUGGUGAAAAGGGUUGUCGACCUGUUGUUCGUGUAUAUGGUCAGGAUUCAUCUUCAACAACAGCUAAUAGAAGUUCUAAGCUUUUGUUUUCAUCUUCAAAAACCAAAAAGCAAGCACGUUACUAUCAACCAGAAGAGUGUGAGCUUGUGAAGAUAGAUAUUCAUCAUCGUGUACAAGGUGAUGUUGUUCUUGAAUGCAUACAUUUGGAUCAUGUAAGAGAGGAGAUGAUGUUUAGAGUAAUGUUUCACACAACGUUUAUUCGAGGUAAUGUACUUAUGUUGAGUCGCGAUGAAGUUGAUGUCAUGUGGGAUUCAAGAGACCAGAUUCCCAAGAACUUUAAAGCAGAGGUGAUUUUUUCGGAUGCUGAUGCUCUAUCAUCUAUGAUCAACACAGAAGGAGAAUUUGAAGAUGGGAGUGAGACAGAAAGUCCUACACCUGAAGAGUUUUAUGAUAUGGAAGAGAUUUUUAGUAAUGUAGUUGAUACGCAAGAUGCAAAAGUGGAAUCUGAAUCUGAAUUUGAAUCUGAUACUCUUUUAUCUAAAGACAAUGAAUCGGAUGCUGAAAAUUAUGAUAUAGUCUUGAAGGAGGAAGCACAGCCUGAAAAUAAGGUGAAAAAAGGCAAUGAUUUGGGGUAUAUUAAUGGUGGUUUGAAGCUUACAGAGGUGGUUGCUAAUGAAGUUGAAAUAAAAGAUAAAGAGGAAAGGGAAGAGAGUCCAGGGAAGAAGGGUAAAGAUGGAAGAAAAGUUUCGGGAAACUCAAAGCAAAAAGGAAAGCCACCGGAAGCUUCUGUGAAUUCAAGAAUUGCAAAACCGAAUGUGGUGUCAAGGUGGAUUCCUCCUAAUAAAGGAUCGUAUACGAAUUCAUUGCAUGUGUCUUAUCCACCAACGAGGUAUAAUAGCGCGCCACCUGUCCUGGCAGAAUUGGGGAAGAAAAAAUCAGGUGAAGGUGCAGGGAAUGGAUCAAAGAAAGAUGUUAAAGUGGGCGAGUCUUCACCUGUUCGGCGAUCUGGUAAGUCUCUAGGUUCUAGUGCAUUGAAAGAUCUUGUUGAAAAUUUGGAAGAGAAAUCAGUGAAGGUUACUACUCCACCUCCUACACCACUGCCUCCAGUAGCAAUCAGGGCACCUCCACCACCACCACCUCCUCCACCUCCUCCACCUCCACCUCCACCUCCUAGUUCAUAUGACAUCUAUAUCGAUGAUGAAGUUGUGCCUGCUUCUCCACCUUUGCCUACUAAACAGACUCUCAAUCAGUUUAUCAGCAUUGCUGAGUCAGAAGUGGGGUCCGUAACGAAUUUGUAUUCUGUGGUGGGUAGAAAUGCUGAUGCAUUGGCAUUAUAUUUUGGUGAAGAUCCUGCUCGUUGCCCUUUUGAACAAGUUACACAGACCCUUUUGAACUUUGUGAGGCUGUUUAGAAAAGCUCAUGAAGAAAACUAUAAACAGGCUGAACUAGAAAAGAAGAAAGCUCAGAAAGAGGUUGAAAUGGAGAGGGCAAAGGGUAUUAACUUAACAAAAAAAUAAAUAUAAAAUUACAAGAAUAUGCAAAGCAUGUUGAUGAUACUCACUACCCACACACCCAGAAAGAAAGUCAAAGGGUGUUUGUUGACCAAAGGAACCUGAAAAGGGUAUGGUUGUCCAUGCACAUACACAUAUACAUACACCCACAGUUCCUGCAAACAGCUCUCUGCUGUAAAUACAAAGACACAUGGCAUGAUGCUGUUUCGAGGUGAAGAAGACUUGAUGAAGAAAAUAUGUUGACAAGAAUGACAAUGACCCUAGAGAUUAAUAACAAUGUAGAUUAUGUAGUCAUUAACCAUGUAUAUAUAUCUACUAACCUUAUACUAACAUAACAUCCAUAUUUGAUUAUUCACUUUGUAUCAUUAGGGAGAAAUUGGUUAUAUUAGAGUUUUUGACAAGAAAACUGGCCAUAAAAUUUGUUGUAUAUAGAACUAGUAGGUAUAGGAUAUGAUAGCAAGCUGGGAAUAGGCCACUCUCGGUGUAAGUAAUGUUGUAACAAAAUUGAGAUUUAGACACAUUUUGUUUAUUUCAAUUUCACAAAAUUGUUGGGUG